CAUAAAAUCUGGUGUUAGGGAUGCCACAGCUAGUUGUUGCGCCCAUGUUUGAUGGGGCAGUGUUCCCAUCAAAAACAAUGCGUGUAAAGUGAAGUCUGGAACGUUCUCACUUCUCUACCGAUUUUCGUGUGGUUAACUUUUUACUUUUUCCCCAAAAAUACAACUGCGGUAUCAAUAGUAAACGUUUGGAGGGAAAAAAUGUCAAUGAAAGAACUACAUAUCCCACAAUUCACACUGGCGUAUUUGUGCCAAUUUCUGGUUGAGAAGCAGGAAGAGGACGGAAAGAAGAUUCAUUUUCUAGCAUGUUUACUACUCCAGUAACUGUUCGAAGGGAGCUGUGUUCAUUUUUGCUGCAGACAGUUCUGGAAAUGAAAGGUGUGUGUACAUGCUCUCUGUGAUCGUGAUGGAUGGAGUAAGCCAAAGACCUUCUGUACCAUGGGAGAAUGGUACCCUGACACCUGUCCACCGGUUUUCCUCCGAGAGGGCAGACAGUCCCACGCCAGGUCUGGUAGAGGGAACUGAACCAGGUGCAGGUCAGAAAAGUGCCAUGUUUGUCCAUGCACAGUCCUUUGAGGAUCUGACUGCUGAGGCCGAAGAGGCUAGCAAGGAGGCUGAGGUGCUCAAAUCCCAAGAGUGUUCCCAGGAUAUUAAAGUGCUGGUGGAAGAGAAAAGAGUAAAGCAACAUAAUAUUCCAUCAGACUGCAGGACCAAAGAGGAAGAUGUGUCCAGCGAGGCAUGGAGGAGCCACAAAAAGCACAUGUUUGUGAUGAGCGAGGCAGGAAAGCCAAUUUAUACCCGUUAUGGCACAGAGGAGGCUCUGUCCAGCACCAUGGGUGUGAUGAUGGCCCUCGUAUCUUUUGUCGAGGCUGAGAACAACAUCAUCCGCUCCAUCCAUGCAGAUGGAUGUAAAGUGGUUUUCCUCACCAAGAGUCCAUUGGUUCUUGUGGGUGUGUCCCGUACGUGUCAGUCAGACAAAGAGCUGCUGCGGGAACUACAGUAUGUCUACUAUCAGAUUGUCAGCCUACUCACCCUCACCCAGCUCAACCACAUCUUCCAGCACAAGCAGAACUAUGACCUACGGCGCCUGCUGGCUGGUUCUGAGUAUCUCACUGACAACCUUUUGUAUCAGCUGGAUCACGACCCAGGCCUUCUACUCAGCGCCGUCACCUGCCUUCCUCUGGCCAGCUCGUCCAGGGAUGUUAUCUCGUCGAGCCUGCAGGCGGCCAAAUCCAAAAAUCUCGUUUUCUCCAUUCUGCUGGCAGGAGACCGCCUGGUUACUCUGGUUAGGAAAAAGGACCAGUUCUUGCACCACAUAGACUUGCACCUGCUCUUCAACCUUGUUGGCUCCUCUUCAUCUUUUCGAGAGGGUGAAGGCUGGACCCCCAUCUGUUUGCCAAAGUUCAAUACUGCGGGAUUUUUCCAUGCCCACAUUUCCUACCUAGAACCUGCGUCGGAGCUGUGCCUUAUCCUGGUCUCAACUGACCGAGAAGACUUUUUUAACAUGUCUGACUGCAAGCAAAAGUUUCUGGAGAGGUUGAGUAAGCGCAGUGCCUAUCAUGCUCUAAAGGAUGCGCUGACGUCUCGCAGCUAUUCUGUCAGUCAAGUUGGCAUCCCUGAACUCAGACACUUCCUGUAUAAAUCAAAGAGCUCUGGGCUGUAUACCAGCCCAGAGUUUCCUCUCGUGUAUCAGUCAGAAGAAGAGCAGGAGAGGCUAAUGGGUCUGUACCAGGACCUUCACAGUUAUGUGCAUCAUCCAACCAGACCUUUACGCUUCUUCUACCGCUGUGGUGAAACUGAAAACACGAUGGCAUGGGUGACUAGCGGCUUUGAGGUCUACCUGUGCUUCAGUCCCCUGGGCACAAAGGCGUUGGCUAUUUCUGCUGUCAACAAACUACUCAAGUGGAUCAGGAAGGAGGAGGAUCGCCUCUUUAUCCUGAGUCAUCUAACUUACUGACGGCUACUUAAAGCAUGAAUACGUUGACUGGGAAUUAUGCCUAAACUCUGUCAAAGCUAUGCACAUCUUGUUUUCACUAAAUUAAAGUUAAAAAGUAAGUAUUGUAUGAUAUUAAAAAAAAAAAAUUUAAGCCACCUGUCCUUACUAAGUUUUGUAUGGUUGAGAACGGUUCCUGAUAAAACCUGCGUCUCCAUCCUGUGCUAACAUUAUGACAUUAAGAUGCUAUUUAUUAAAGUAUUGAUUGCUAUUAAUAAAAUGUUUGCUUUUUAAAUGUAAUGGACCUUGGUGUUUAAACACGAGCAAUAACUGGAAUUCUUCUGCUACGAGCAUUGCUGUGAAUGACGAGCUACUACAUUAUUUUUUUUUUUUUUUACUGAAUAUGAUGACCACCAUGGUGAUUUAUUUACCUCUACUUUAUGCACAAUGUUUAAAUAAUUACUUAAAAUAAAAAAAGUCUUGGAUUACA